UUAUUAUUGUGAAUAUAUUAAUAUGCAAGACGUCCACCCUUGUUUCCCGAGCGCACUUUGCUUUCCUUUUUCUGUUCGGUGUUCCAUGAAUUUGGAUUAAAAAUGAAGCUUAACGUGUCUUUUCCGGCGACUGGAUGCCAAAAGUUAUUCGAAGUGGUGGAUGAACACAAACUUCGUGUGUUCUAUGAGAAACGAAUGGGUCAAAUUGUUGAAGCUGACGUGCUUGGAGAUGAAUGGAAAGGUUAUCAUUUGCGUAUUGCCGGUGGUAACGAUAAACAAGGUUUCCCUAUGAAACAAGGAGUACUAUCUCAUGGUCGUGUUCGUUUGUUGUUGAAGAAAGGUCACUCCUGCUACAGACCUCGUCGCACUGGUGAGAGAAAAAGGAAAUCAGUCCGUGGCUGCAUUGUCGAUGCAAACAUGUCUGUUUUGGCUCUUGUCAUUGUUAAAAAAGGUGAGCAGGAAUUGCCUGGUUUAACCGACACAACAGUUCCACGUAGACUAGGACCAAAACGUGCCAGCAAAAUCCGCAAGCUUUACAACUUGACUAAGGAUGAUGAUGUCCGUCGUUUUGUAGUUCGUCGCCCAUUGCCUGCUAAAGACAACAAAAAGGCUACCUCUAAAGCCCCUAAAAUUCAGCGUCUGGUUACUCCAGUAGUAUUGCAAAGGAAGCGCAGACGUACUGCAUUGAAGAAGAAACGUCAAGCCGCUUCCAAGGAAGCCGCUGCAGAUUACGCCAAAUUGUUAGCACAGCGUAAGAAGGAGUCAAAGGCUAAACGUGAAGAAGCUAAGAGACGUCGUUCUGCUUCUAUAAGAGAAUCAAAGAGCUCAAUUUCGAGUGACAAGAAGUAAAAUAUUUUUUACUUAUUUCCAAAAUAAAUAUUUUAACUUGCUUGGAAAAUUAA